AUGGCCUCUAUCCCCUUGGCAGAUCUAUCCCCUUCCACUGAUUCUAACAUGACCGUCAAUGUCCCUGCUCAACACUCCGCCCCAGCAGGCGCUGAAGGACAGGAGGCAGGCAACCAUCCGGCCGCCCAAGACGACAUGGAGCCUCCCACUGCACCACCCCCUGAUCGCGGCUGGCCUGCAUGGCUCGCUGUCAUCAGCGGCUUCAUCCAACUAUGGGCCAGCUUUGGCAUUCUGAACUCCUGGGGCUCGUUCCAAGCCGUCUAUGUCGAUGAACCAUGGAGCAAGGGAGUCAAGCUCCAAGACAUUGGCUGGAUCGGCAGUGUUCAACCAGGACUGCUGUUCGUCCUCGGGGGUAUUGCUGGAUACGCUUCCGACCGGCUCAGCGCCACUGUGCUCAUGAUGAUUGGGACCUGCAUCUUCUCCGCGGCCUUUCUGUUGCUCGCUGAAUUCGGGGACGGCCUGGGUACGUACAUUGCACUCCAGGGCUUUCUCUACGGCCUGGCCAACACGCUCCUCUACUAUCCCAUCCUGAGUGUGGUCUCGACCUGGUUCGACCGUCGACGCGGGCUGGCUUUGGGGAUUGUGGCCUCUGGGUCGUCUCUCGGUGGCAUCUUCUGGCCUCUGGUCGUGGACGCGCUCAACGAGGCCUUUGGCCUCAAGCGCACCCUGCAAGCCGUUGGUCUCAUCCCCCUGGUCCCGCUCUUCAUCGCCUCGUUCAUGGUCAAGGAACGCUUCCCAGACACCAAAAUCACUCUACGCCGAGCCUUUCGUCGCCUGACACAGCGUUUCACAAACGCCGAAAAGAAGUCUCAGGGGAACACCACGACCACCUUACUCGCGACAGCAUCUACUACCACGGGAACCACAACACCGGGAGCUCUCAACUCGCUCAAAGACCCUUCCUUCAUCGCCCUCAGCAUUGCCCUCUUCUUCAUCUACGGAGGGAUGCUCAUCCCGUUCAACCUCAUUCCCGUAUUCGCAGAAGAGCAUCACCACGCCGACGUGGCUCACGUUCUUCUCGCCAUUUGCUACUCGGGCUCUGUCGUCGGUCGGAUCGGCACGGGCGCCUUGGCUGACUACUUUGGAACGUUCAACAUGCUGUGCCUGAUGGCCCUCCUCACGGCCACACUGACGGCCUGCUGGGUGACCAUGACGUCUCUGCCGGCCAUGAUUGCAUUUGCGGUUCUUUAUGGGUUGUUCUCGGGUGGGCUCAUCCCACUUGGGUCAGCGUGCGUUGCCAAGAUCACACCGCCCGAGCAAAUUGGACAGAUCGGCCUGCGUCUUGGGUUCACGAUGAUGGUUUGCUCUAUUAGCGCUUUCGGGGGCGGUCCACUCAGCAACUUCCUGCUCGAGGGCACGGGACAGAGUGGAUGGCUUGCCGCUUGUCUGUUCUCUGGUAUGGCGACUCUUGUGGGAGGAGGGAUCAUCUUUGCCAUUCUGGUGUCGAGGAUUGUUAGAGGCGGCCAGGGGUACAAAUUUUGAUGACGGCCGCAAGGAAGCGCGCAGUCACUGUGUGAAUGGUGUUGGUACUUGGACCGAUGUAUUCGGCGCGGGAGUUUGUGAUAAUA